UGGGUAAAAGUGAAGGGAUAGGGGUGUGUUGUGUGCAGAUAUCUGGGAGUUGAGUUUGGUCUUGGGUGUAUUGUACAGUGUUGUACUCUGCUGUAUGGCAGAGCCUGGGGAGAGCAGUCCUUCUUCUGGGAAUGCUGCUUCAUCUUGUCCCUGCAAGGAGUGGGGGCCAGCUCUGGCUGUACCCCAAGAGGAGGAGCUGGUGUGUGACCAAGCUGGCUGUGGAGAGCGAUUCCAGCAUGGAGAUGUUCUGCAAAAGCACAAGCUGCAGCAUAGUGAUGUCUGGUGUUUGGAUGUGGGUUGUGAAUCUGCCUUGGUGACUAAUAACCAGCUACAAAAGCCCUGCGAGUCGCAGCAUGGCAACAGAAAUUCAUUCCAGUGUAGCCACCAGGGUUGUGAGAGGGUCUUCAGGAAAAAGAAGGCUCUCAAGAUGCAUUGGACUGAGCAUACUAAAGUGCUGCCAUUUGUGUGCCAAGAGCCAGGAUGUGGCAUGAAAUUCAUCAGUGCUGCCAAGAGGAAAGCUCACCAGAAGAGACAUGCUGGAUACCCAUGCCCCAGGGAGGAUUGCCAGAUUGUCCUGCCCACUUGGACAGAGCUUCAGAAGCAUCUGAAGGAGCAUCCUGUGGAGUACAAGUGCCAGCUGUGUCUGAAGACCUUCAAGAAACCCAAUGGCCUGAGGAGACAUAAGCCUUCCCAUGCCAAACAAAAGCCAAGACUGCUGUGUCCCAGGAUAGACUGCAGGGCUUGCUUUACUACAGUCUUCAACCUGGAGAGCCACAUCAAGAAAGUGCACCUGCAGCUGCUGAAAUACCACUGCUACUUCACUGGUUGUGGGAAGGCCUUUGCCAUGCAGGAGAGUCUACAGCGGCAUCUGACAGUGCAUGACCCCACAAAGAGAAAACGGAAGGUCAGGAACUACCGGCCACGGAGGAAGUGGCAGCAGCGCAUGGGCCGCCGAUGGCACAAUUAUGUGCAGGUAGAAGACAACCUGAGAAGCCUCUUCAGCCACAAGCUCUUUGUGCGGCCCAAGCAGGGCUGGUGGCGGCGCCGGGGGCAUAGGACCAGCUCGGGCAGCUUCCAGUUCUUCCUACGCUUCAAGGCUAAACUGGAGAGUGACCUCUCGGGGCUCUUCAAUGAACGUCGCUGCUGCCAUGAGGUGGAAGUGGAGGUGAACCUCAGCUCCUUCUUCCAGCUGCCUCUGGACAGCAAGGCAGAAAAGGUGGCCUAGAGCCUGUAUCUCCCAGGCUGGGGGAUGCCGCCUUGCUUUUCCCUGGCAAAAUGGGGGCUUGUUCUUUUUAGGCACCAGGAGCACAAGUCAUGUACAAAAGAAGUGAAAAAUCAUAGGACCUGGGGCUUGGGCUGGCAGGAUUGUAUCCUAUGGGAUUUACUUUCUCAUUGGCUCUUUAAAAUAUGUAGUUCUUGUUUUUUAGUAUGGCAAGGGUGAAGCCAUAUUCUAUUGGGUAGGGAUGGGGAGAGGUGUGUUUUUUGUUUUUGUUUUUUGUGUUCUGGCUAGACUAUAAUACUCCUGGGUUUUCCUUUCCUCUCCCUUCCCCCAAAGCCUUGCAUUGGGGUUUCUGAAGUGACUCUGUCCCCUGAGGGAAUACUGAGCCUAGUAAUGGCCCUACAAUUUUUUAUUUUAUUUAUUUUAUUUUUUUUUUAUUUCCCCUUCUUUAAACAGAAGAACUUGUACCAAAUGCCUCCUGGUGUUCAUAAGCAAUAAAAUAGCUGCAAGUCCCUGA